AUGUCUGAGGAGAUAACAGGCCAAGUUCGUACGUAUGUGACAGACAAUAUCCCAAUUACACUGAUCUCCCAGGGAGCGGAGGCUGUUGUAUAUACGACCCCAAUACAUCCAUAUCUCCCUAUCGAUGACUCUACAAAAGGCGAGAAAUAUAUCAUAAAAUACCGUCCGCAUAAGCGUUAUAGACACCCAUCAAUAGAUCAAGCCUUAACGAAGCAUAGAACUGUGGGAGAGGCGCGUCUUUUGUCGAAGUUGAGCCAAAUAGAGGGGUUACAGGUUCCCAAACUGAUCGCCUGCGAUGUGUACAAUGGUUGUCUAUGGUUAGAGUUCUUGGGACAAGACCUUCCACAGGGCGCCGGAUUCAGUAAUCUGAAAAACUUUCUAUGGAUGCAUGCAGCAAAUGAUCCCUAUAGCAAUGUCGUCAGAGAGACUCUGCUGAAAGUUGGUCACCAAAUUGGUCUCCUGCACUGGAACAACUACACACAUGGGGAUCUGACAAGCUCUAACAUCGUACUUGUGCGGUCACAAAUUGUGGACGGUUGGGAGCCCCAUUUGAUUGACUUUGGGCUAGGAUCUGUUUCCAGUAUGGUCGAGGACAAAGGUGUCGAUCUUUAUGUUUUGGAAAGAGCAAUCAUGAGCACACACUCUGAAUUUGCAGACAAGUACAACGCUUGGAUUAUUGAAGGAUUCAGUAACGUUUAUAAGUUACAGGGGAAGGCAGGCCAGAAGAAACUAGACGAGUUGUUGAAGAGAUUCGCAGAGGUCAGAAUGCGUGGCCGAAAGAGGACUAUGAUAGGGUGA